AUGCAAGCCGAUAAUUCAACCUCGCCGCAAACACCUGCGUUGUCUUCCUCUCUCCAUCAUGUCCUGUUAGAUCUCUACCAGAACACCUAUCCUCACGUUCCCAACCCUCCGCAAUGCAAGAAAAGAGCCUCCGUCGCUCUAGUCCUUCGAGUCCGACCUACGUACAAACAUCGGCCAGACCGAUCCUCGAUUAUUGCAAAUGAUACCAGCGCCCCGGUGACAGAGCAACUGAACAAUUUCUUUUCCCAACCGUGGGUGCAGAAUGGAGACCCUGAAGUUUUGUUCAUCAAAAGAGCUUCGCGCGUUGGCGACCGCUGGACCGGCCAUGUUGCUCUGCCGGGGGGCAAGCGAGAUCCUGAGGACGCCGAUGAUCGAGCAGCUGCAAUUCGAGAAGCUUGGGAAGAAGUGGGCCUCGAUUUGACAACGGACGACUGCAUAUACGUAGGGAAUCUGCCUGAGCGUAUUGUAACAUCGAGCUGGGGCAGCGUUCCGUUGAUGGUUCUAUGCCCGUACAUCUUUCUCCUAACAGGAUGCGACUCCCCCAUCCUCGAACUGCAGCCAGAUGAAGUCGCGUCAACUCACUGGGUAUCCCUAAACGUCCUCUUAUCUCCAUCGUCGCGAACGGUAGAACAUGUCGACAUGACACAACGGCUUGCAAGUACAGGAGGACUCAUGGCUCGGCUGGCCAGCCGAGCCAUGAUGGGCUACAUGCAAUUCUCAGCGAUCAGCUUGACGCCAACGGAAUCCUUGCAGUGCAGUGUGAACCUCAAGCGCAAUCUCGCGACAGCGCAAACUUCGACCUGGCUUCAAAAAUUGAAAUCCACACUUUGUAAUUCGCAGCAUGGCCCAAACCAGGCCCCACCACUCCUUCUCUGGGGCCUUACGCUCGGCAUACUAGCCGACUUUCUGGAUAUGCUUCCCCCUCACACAGCCGUUCAAUUAUGGAAAUACCCCAAUUUCACGUCUCCUGACUUGCGCUUGAUCGUGAAUAUUCUUACCUAUCGUUUGCGAAAGCGUAAUAUGCAUCAGGUAAAGUUUGGAGCGCGCCGCCGACCGAGCAAUACAGCUAUUGAUGGCGAAACGGCAGCGCUACCGGUUGUCGAAGUGCACGAGAAUGAUGACCGCAAUCAAGUCGGCAUUGGAGGACUUGGAGUUGGAAGGUACUAUGGCCCUUCUGACAAAAGCCCUGACGGCAGUGCUUAUGCGGUGGGCAUUAUGCUUAGAGGUUAUUACCAGAGGAUUCGACUUGCACUCUAUAUCUUUGUCGCGUGGCGGGUGGCCAUGGGAUCUGCGGCGGCUUUUUAUGUUUGGAAAUACCUUCGCUCCCGGGUUACUAUCGGGCUAUAG